AUGCAGACGGAUAUGCUUGAUUCUCAUCGCCAUUUUGGAUUUAACGACAAAGAAAAGAAUAGAAUCCGCUACAAGAGGGAAACUGUGUGUUCGCCAUUAGUCACCGAUGGCUCCCCUAGUUUUAUACAGUAUGUUAGGGGCCAAGAAGCCAGAACACUAGGUUGGGAAGACGGCGUGUUGAUAAAGUAUUUGUACGGCAAGCUUAAUGGCGGACGAAUUAACCAAACACUGCUAUACAACACUCUUUCUGGCAAUGCCCUGACUGGCUAUACUACCUGGGGCUAUUACUACCCUUCUCAAGACGCCUGGCGACCGGUGGGUGAGCUCUUAGUGCCAGACACUGAUCUCUCGCUAAUUCUCAUCGCCCCGAACUCAAUUGUAGACCUUGAACGUAACAUUGAUCCAGUAUUUGAAGCCACAGGGAUUUUGAACGCUUCUGGAUCCAUAGGCUAUACGCCUAAUCGAUGGGUAAGCCCGAUAGCUUGCAUUGACCAACAUCAGCUCUGCAAUCCAACCAAUGCUAAGUGUACACGGCUGGUUGGUAGUCACGGAAUCCUUGAAAGCGCAAUGGAUGAUGAUUUGGAUUUCAACCGUGUGCAGAAAGUCACAAUCCAGCGCCUCACGCUGUUUCUUCAGUCAUCGACCUUCUAUCAUACAAUCUUCACGCGGACGCAGAGCUUUCUCCGUGCUCAGGAGAAAGUAAGUGGGAUUAUUAGCCAGGGCCUGCCGUCGAAUCAAUGGGAGGUCGAAAUGGCUGCUUUAUUUGAUGAUACCCUCGCCAAUAUGCAGUAUCAGAUGAUGGAGUAUGCCGCUGGGUCUCCAAGAUCUAAUGCAGUGAGUGUUGUUAAGCCAUGGACCAAUUCCUCGGACAGUGAUAGGGAUGCUGCUGUUUGGGAAUCCAUGUGCGACAACCAGAGGACUAGAGACAGUCAGGGAACUCUAAACUUCUCCAUCCUUGGGCUGUCUCUGUUAUUCGGGCUGGGUUUAUACAUUAUCCUGGUUUCGUUUGUUCUCGAGCUCCUCUUGGCAUGGGCUCAGAAGAAACUGGGAAGAGGGUUAUACAGAGCCAAGCGUUGGGAGCGAGAUGGUACUCUACAGCAGAUGAGAUUGCUGUAUGAGAUCCAAGGUGCAGGCGUAUGGAAGGGAACGACUGAGGACUUUCCUCGGACAACCUCAGGAGAUUUGUUUGAGCACGAUGAGGAGUUCAACCAAGCCAGAAGUGUUUGA